CACUCCUAAUAAGAACUACUACGGAGUAAUUUGUACGGAGUAAUGGUUUAAUGGAAGCGUGGACCAUCUUCCAUCUGCCAUUUAAAGCAGAACAAUAAAAGGAAAAAGGAAAGAUGAAAAAAAAAAGGAAAGAUGAAAUGCUUGUAUAAUGGUUAAUUUCCAACCUCGUACGAAUCAAUACUUUAUGGUUUACUGCAUUUCCCCAAUAAGUUUUGCCAAAACGAGUUAAAAAACGUGGUUUUGACGGCCCCUCUUUUAAUGGAUACUGUAGCUAGGUUUGCUCUUUUAUAGAUAUUUGUAUGUAUAUAUCUAUAUAUAUACUCCGUAGAAUUUUUGAAAGGAGAGAGUGGGAAUAUUAUUAUUGCCGGGUUAGUAUAUAUGGAAAUUUUGGUUCUCUGUUCUGAAACACAGGCAUACAUUGUUUGAGUCACCAAGAAGCCUCUUCAUUUUCUGCUUCUUUCCUUUUAUUUUCCGGGCCGGCCGGCGGGGGCAAAAUGGUCAGAGGGAAGGUUGAGGUGGCGAGGAUCGAGAACGCGACGAGGCGGCAAGUGACCUUCUCCAAGCGGCGAAUGGGAUUUCUGAAGAAGGCUCAUGAGCUUUCUGUGCUCUGCGAUGCCCAAGUCGCUUUGAUCAUUUUCUCCCAGAAAGGAAAGCUCUACGAGUUCUCAAAUUCCAGCAUUGAUCAAGUAAUAGAGAGAUACCGUCAACGUGUAAAAGAAACUCGUGUCAACAUCGAGGAUUCUGCGCAGAACAUUGAGCGUCUCAAGCAAGACACAAAUAUGAUUGCAAAGAGAAUAGAGCUCCUCCAAGAUGCUCAACGGAAACUUUUGGGGCAAAGUUUGGGAUCAUGUUCUAUGGAAGAACUCCAUGAAAUUGACAAUCAGCUGGAGACGAGUCUUAAUAAUAUCAGAAACAGAAAGGCUCAAGUAUAUAAGGAGAAGAUUGAAAACCUGAAAGCCAAGGAGAAACAUCUGCUACAAGAAAAUGCAACACUACGGAAGAAGUGUGCUAUAUGGAAAAAUCAUCAACCACAAACGACACAGCAAAAGGAGAUUGUGGAAAGGGAGCAAAGUUGUGGGGUGGAGACCGAUUUGUUCAUUGGCCUUCCAGUAGCUACUCGCUGGUCAUAGCUCCUGCUUUAUUUGUAGUUUAAUUAUAUAAGUCAAAUAGUCAAUCCAGCCUCUCAAUUUCCUAGUAAUUUAGUCAAGUAUAGCAUAUUAUAUAUCCUUGUGAAUAAGAUGUAAAACAAAAUGUUCGAGCACAUUUAUCCACUGUGGACUAAUGAAGCUACU